AUGGGGGCUGACCAGAGCAAGCUUGAUUAUAAUUAUGGUUAAAUUAUCCAAACAGAUAAUCUCUGCCAAAAAAUACUACAAUAUGACAUUACUGCAAAGGAUGUCUUUUUGCAAUCAUUAAAAUAAAUUCCUAUUUUAAAGUCCUUUGAAGAAAUUGAUAAAAUUACAUUCUGUGGAUCUUCAAAUGAAAUCAAAGCAUUUUUCUCUUAUAAUCAAAUCACACUCCAUCAAUUUGUAUUGACUUAAGAAUUCACUCUAAAAGAAAUAUAAAUUAUCUCCAUUAUAAGAUAACUACUUUCAAACAUGAAUUAAAAUAAAGUACAAAUACAUCCUAAAGAAAUCUUAUUACCAGAAUAUAUCAUGUUAGAUCCAGAAUUAUUUCUACUAAAAAGUGAUAUUCAAAGAAUUAGAUAAGGUUAUAUCAAACAUUAAGAUUAUUAUAUCGCACCUGAAGUCUUAACAGCAAGAUGCAAAUCCAAUAUUACAGCAUAAAUUUUCAGUUUAGGAUUGAUCUGCAUAUUUAUUAUGACUAAAUUGUCACCUUUUGAUUUCAAUCUUUAUGAUACUACUCAUUUUUAACCAUAAAACCUUCAUAAAUAUAUUGAUAAAAUAAAUUCUGGUAUCUAUUCAUGUAUAAAUUAUAAUCAUUUUAGAAUUGCUAAAAAAUUUAAUAAUUGAUAUGAUUAAUGUUGAUCCAAAAUUAAGAAUCAAUGAAGAAUAAAUUAUCACUAGAUUAGAUGAAGUACUUAUGUUUCAUUCAUAAAAAACUCUCAAGUUUUAAGAAAGUAUAAAUUAUUAACCUGAUAAUUCAUCAAAGUUAAAAUUAGAUUUAAAUGAAGAAUUGAAAUAAUCAUAAUUAAGUUACAAUUAUAAAGAACGUCCAUCUGAAUAUUAAAAAUAGGAAAAAGAAAAUAAAUAAACCAAACGCACAGCAAAUAAUUCUCCUCAAACUAAUCAUAAAAAUCAAAAUAAAGAGAAUAUUGAAGUAGAAUUUUUCACAAAAAAAGAAAAAAGAAUAAAUAAUUACAGUUUUAGUGCAUGUUCUAGUAGAUCUCAUAUCAGAGGUAUGUCAAUUAAGCCAGCAAAGAAGUAAUAAUAUUUAGAAAAAAAUUCAUCAAAUAAAUAAAGAUGGAAAUGA